GAUCGCGUUUUAUUGGUCAUCGAAAUCGAGGCUGAAAAAGAGCGGCCAUUUUAAUGUUGGCGGGUUGACCAAAUUGUGUACAUCAAAAAGUGGUAUUUUUUACAAGAUUCAUUUAUCGUCGCUACCCAGUCACAAUGAGUUUUGAGUUUGUUCUGCCGCUUCACCAGAAGGACCUGCUGCAGAGCAGCGGAACCAACCAGUAUGUCGUGGAGGAAGUCUCCCCGGCCAGGCAGGUGCCAGACAGGGUGUUUGGCUGCAAGACGGCGCUGCGGACCGAAGGCCCCUCCAUGAUCCUGGAUCACUUUGACGGCUUCUACAGCUUGCUCAGGCACUUCAAUGAAGUUGAACAAGAAACAAGAGAAGAGGCGUGGGAACUCCUCCUUAAAGCUCAGCAGCAGCUAACAGCAAAUCUCUCCUCCACCCUGGACCAGCCCGAGGUCCACAACGACACCCAGCGGCACCUGAACACCCUCAAGAUGCUGUGCUACUUGCUGUGUCAGACGGCCGAGGCGUUUGAAGCCGAGGCCUGCAAGCCUUCCAUCGAUACCACCGUCAAGGGAGGAAGGGGUCGGGCCAAGAGCAAGAAGCUGACAGCCGGCUGGGACUGGGACGAAGAGAAGGAACGCUUCCUGCAAGGCAUCCUGCACCUCCUACAGCUAGAGGUCUGGAGGCUUUGGGACCCGCCCAUCGUUGAGGAAGAAUUUGUCAACCUUGUGAGUUGCUGUUGCUACAAGCUGUUGGAGAACCCAUCCAUUGGGCGAAGUGCAGGGACAAAAGAGGCAUUGUUCAGUCUGCUGGGCCUCCUGAUCAAGAGAUACAACCACACACUGGGAGCCAGUUUGAAGAUCAUCCAGCUCCUACAGCAUUUUGAGCAUCUGGUCAGUCCCAUGGCCCAGGGGGUGCACACCAUCGUCACUCAGUUUGGAGCCAAGAACAUCGUCAGCGAAAUCAUGAGAGAGAUAGGCAGCCUAGACCCACGGGAUCUAGCCAGGGAUAACAGCGGCACCCGGUCCUACGCAGCUUUCCUCGUGGAGCUGGCUGAGAAGAUUCCUGGGUUCAUGCUGCCUAGCAUCAGCCUGCUACUCUGCCAUCUAGAUGGAGAGUCCUACACUAUGCGUAAUGGAGUCUUGGGGGUCCUGGGUGAGAUCAUCAUUCAGGUGUUGAGCAAGGACGGACUGGACAAGAAAGCCAAGAACACCAGGGAUCAGCUCCUGGACAAGCUAGAGGAUCACAUCCAUGACAUCAACGCCUUCAGUCGCAGCCGCGUCCUGCAGGUCUGGCUGCACCUCUGCAGGGAGAAGGCCAUCCCGCUGCCCAGGCAGCGCAGCGUCAUGUCGCUGGUGCUGGGUCGUCUUCAAGACAAGUCCAGCAUCGUCCGCAAGAACGCUGUGCAGCUGCUGUCGGAGUUCCUGACAAGCAACCCGUUCGCUGCAAAGCUGCCAGUGGACGAGCUGGUCACCACCUUAGAAAAGGAGAAAGAAAAACUGAAAGCGAUGACACCGGAUGAACCUCAAGACAUAUCAGGAGAUGUCCAUGGCAAGACUGAGGAGAUGUGGCAGGCCAUGGAGCCGGAGUUAGUAACCGCCGUCAAGGAGUACCUGGAGGAGGCGGGAGAGAAUGAGGAGGAGGAGGAGGCCAGCCGGGUGGAGAUACCUGAAGAUGCAUCCGUGGAGAGUGUUGUGACGAGCCUGCGAGAGCUCCUGGAUAAAUCCCAGCAUCGCCAGGCCCUACGUCUGCUCCAGGCUGCCAGGGAUUGCUGGCCAGACUGCCAGCUCCUCACCGCAACACCUCCUGUCUUUAGCCCCCUGGAUGGAGAUGAAGAUGACAAUGAUGAAUCUCAAGAUGCUGAGGCCCAACUCCUUGCUACCCUCAAAGCUGUCUACCUUGGUGAGAAGCUUUCGGAGCCGGUCGACUCGGACCCAGAGGAGGCCCUCAAUCUUCACAAUGUAGGAGAGCUGACGGGGGAGACAGCCCCAUCAUCAUCAGGUGCAGCAGGGGGUGAUACGGAGACCGCAGGACCUGUGGUCAACGAGCUGUCUAAGCAACAAGUCCUGGUCAAGUACUUGCAGGACUGCGUGACCUUUGCCAACCAAAUCCAGACGGCUGUGCCCAUCCUGUGCGAGCUCCUCAGCUCCAAGGUCAACAGUGACGUCCUGGAAGCCAUCGAGUUCUUUGUCAGGGCCCACGAGUUUGGGGUGACCAGCGCGGUGGAAGGCAUCCGUCGCAUGAUGGUGCUGGUGUGGUCCAAGGAGCAAGGGGUGAAGGAAGCCGUGGUGACCGCCUACAAGAGGCUGUACCUGACCCCACAAGGUGGCACCCAGAGAGCACGCAGUCUGACCGUCGUCAAGAACCUGAUGGCCCUGACCUUCUGCGCCAGCCUCGGGGAGCUGACGUCCCUGGAGGAGCUGCUGGCCGAGUUCAUGAGGAGCAAGGACAUCCCUGCCCAGGCCAUCCAGCUGCUGUGGGAGUACUUCACCAAGAAGCAUGCCAACACCGCGGACGAGGAGAGCAGAGCCGCGCUGGUCAUCAUCGGCAUGGUUGCUGGUGCUGAUGUGAACAUUGCCCGCAGCAACGUGGACGUCUUGGUGUCGGAGGGGCUGGGGCCGAGGGGCCAGGAGGACUUCUCCUUAGCCAGAGAUACCUGCCUGGCUCUGCUUAAGAUUGUCAAAGCGGACAAGCCAAAAGUUCUAGGAGGUGAGGAACCAUUCCGCUUCCCGGCUGACCAUCAGAUCUUCACUCGCCUUUCAACCAUCCUAGUCACAGGAAUCACUGACCUGAAGAAGAACCACUGGCUGCCUCUAGCCGAGCAAGCCAUCAACACCAUCUACCGUCUAGCUGAGCAUCCAGACCGUGUCUGCGGUGAUAUCACCAAGGGUCUGGCAUCGGCUGUCCUGACCACUGACCAGGACCAGGACAAGACUGCCAAUGCUGAGGACCCAAGCCAAUCAGAACAAGAAGCCGAAUCAGCGCCAAUCACCGCCUGUCAGGCCGGCGUCCUGUCCCGUUUCCUGGCCUUUGCCGGCCACGUGGCCUUAGCCCAGCUGGUUCACCUGGACGUCAUGGUGUCCGGGGAGAUGAAACGCCGACGCAACAUCCAGGAGAAAGAGAAGGAGAAACAGACCAAAGGACAGAAGGAAGCCGCCAAGGAGAGUGUUAGUGGUGAGCAGGCAGGCAUUGAGGAUGAGAUGGGGCUAGGGGCAGCAGCAGCUGAGGAUGCCGAGGCUGAAUACAUCCGCAAGAUAUGCGAAUCAGAACUCGUCACUGGCACCAACCUCCUGUCAGCCGUCCGUCCUCUCCUGGUCUCCGUCUGCAGCAACCCUGUCAAGUACAGCGAGCCUAGCCUGAGGGCUGCCAGCUCCCUGGCCCUGGCCAAGUUCAUGCUGGUCAGCUCUGAGUUCUGUGAGGCACACCUCCAGCUGCUCUUCACCAUCUUGGAAAAGGCUCCGCAGCCCGUCAUCAGGGCCAACAUCAUCAUUGCCCUGGGCGACCUGACCUUCCGCUUCCCCAACCUGAUUGAGCCUUGGACUCCAAACCUAUACGCUAGACUGCGGGACCCGUCGCCCCACGUCCGCAAGAACACCCUGAUGGUACUGACCCACCUGAUCCUGAAUGACAUGGUCAAGGUCAAAGGUCAGAUCAGCGAGAUGGCCACCUGCAUCGUGGACUCGGAGGAUCGCAUUGCUUCCCUGGCUAAACUCUUCUUCUUUGAGCUCUCCAAGAAAGGUAAUGCCAUCUACAAUGUGAUGCCCGAUAUGAUCAGCAGGCUGUCUGACCCAGAGUGUGGCAUGGACCAGGAACAGUUCAAGACGAUCAUGAGAUAUGUCUUUGCCUUCAUCCAGAAGGACCGACAGGCAGAAUCUUUGGUGGAGAAGCUGUGUCAUCGCUUCCGGGCUACAAGGACCGAUCGACAGCCCCAGGACCUAGCCUUCUGCCUCGGCCUCCUCAACAUGAGCGAGAAGUGCGUGCGUCGCCUGCAGGAGAACUUUGCCUGCUUUGCAGACAAGCUUCACGACGCCGAGGUCUACGCCUGCUUCACUUCCAUCCUCUCCAAGGCCAAGAAGUUCUCCAAGCCAGAGACCAAGGUGAUGGUGGAAGACUUUGAGCAGAAACUGGCCGAGUGCCAUGACAAAGGCGUGGAUGACGUAGCCGUGGCAGACAAGGCCAGUAAAGCAUCGGCUGCGGCUAAAGCUAAGGAGAACGGCGGCCGCUCGGUCAGAAAAAGGAACACCAAGAGACGCGGCCGAGGCAAAUCCUCCCUGGACAGCGAUGAAGAAGACGAUGACAACAAUCAGGCCCCAGUAACCCCUGCCCCCUCCUCACGCAAACCCGGCCAGAAGGGGCAACAGACCACAGGGCAGAAGACCCGGGGGAAAGGCAGGAGGGUCCGGGCGGUGACAUUCUCCAGCGACGAGGAAGAGGACAGUGACGAACUGUUUGAGGCAAACAGUGGGGAAAACGGAGCAAAAGAUUCAGCGUUUGACUCGGGUAACGAGAAGGCUCACAGUGACGCCGAAAACAAGGACCCGAACCCCACCCCCAGGGGGAAGGGCAAGACGAGGAAGCUACACAACCCGAGGGGAACCCCCAAGGGCACCCCCAAGGGAACCCCCAAGGGGAGCCCCGCCCCUUUGUCCCACCACAAACAGGUUCACGUUACCUGAGAAACUCAUCAUGGUCGUCUAGCAAAAAAACGCAACUACAUCUACCCGUAAAAUUUUAAAGAUUUCUAUAUCGGCGGAAAGGCUUUUUUUUUUCAGGAGAAUCACUGGCAUUUGAAGAGGAGAGACCAAUUUUGUUCUGGAGUUAAUAUCAUUAACUUGUAAAUAUAUUAGUUCGUAGUGGUUCAUUAAGUUGAUGAAAUCAAAUAGUGUUGUAAUGAUUUUCUUUAGUUUGUUUUUUGUUUGUUUGGGAAAUUGGAUUUUGGCUGAUGUUUAUUAGUAUAUUGAUAAUUGACAUGUAUCUUAUUAACCAUUUCAUGCACCAAGUAACAGUCAUUUGUAGCCCUUCACUACGAAACUAUUAGAAGUGAAAACCAUACACUGCGUUGGAUCGAUUCUCCUGAAAGGUGAAAUUUGUCGUCAUCUCUAAAAUAUUUCAUAUAAACAAAUAAUCGAAACAAAAGUCGUCUGUUUUUCUGGUAGGUGCCUGCCCUUAUAUAGUCUAUGUAAUAGACCAUGGUGAAAAGCCAUGGUCUAUGAUAUGUGAGCAGAUUAGCUGAUAAAUUAUGCAAGACACCUCUUGACCUCUAGAGUUUGACCAAUCAGCGGGCGCUUUCUAUAUCAGGUCGUCGGUCAUUCACCCGUUAUCGUGUCAUAGACAUGG